UUGGAAAAAUAUCACCUGCAUGGACAAACAAACACACAUACUCGCACCUGGAACUUUAUGGAGAUAUGUAUCUAAUAAUACAUAACAAGGAAAGUAAAUAAGUCUAACAAAAUAUUUGCACGUACACACAUUGAUAACGGUUAUUUUAAAAGUUUUAUUGCCAAAACACUGAUUAAUUUUUUGUGAUUGACAAGAUUUUCAGCUACGAAGAAUAUAUUUUUAGAAGUUGCAUAUUUGCAAGAAAUAUUAACUCAGAGACUAAAUUUUGGAAAUUUAACAAACUUUGAAGUGAAAGUUUAACAAAUCAAGUAGAUAUUCAAAAUAGAAGCGUUAUAAAGUGUACCCUAAUAACACAAGGCCUUACGUAAUUCUUGUAAAAGCGGAGGAACAUUUCAUCAUGUGGACGAAGGGGAGCAAAUCGUCCCUUCCUAAAAAGACUGUUAACCUGGCUGGCUAUGAUGCCAAAUUGGGUACUGGGUCCUCCCCCAGUUCUGGCGGGGACACGGGCCUGUCCCCCGCCUCCAUUUAUUACUGCGGGCGAACUUUUUCCGACAAGAAAUCCUGUCGUUGUUGGAACUGUCCAUUUCCAUUCGUCUGCGGUCCGAAAUCCGGCUGCCCGUGUGCCGAAUGUGUCGAACUUCUCGGUUUCAGAGUCAAUUCGGCGGGAGAUCUGGCCAAACCGGGGGGUUCCCUGGGGGAUGGCGGGGACACCGCGAUGACACCGCAGAACCUGUUUUAUUGCGGGAAAUGGAAGAUGGCGUGUCGCUGUGGGACUUGCGAUGGGCAGUGCGGGCCGCUGAGCGGGUGCCCGUGUCACGCAUGCGUGGAGCUGGUCGGGUUCAGGGUGAAUCGAGACGGAGUUUUGUGCCGAAAAGAGGGUGAAAUGUGGUAUUGUGGGAAAAAGAGGAAGGGAAAGUGUGAGUGUGGGGUGGAUUGCGGGGAAAAAUGUGGAGGGAGCGGACCUCGUGGGAGCGGGUGUCCGUGCGAGGCGUGUACAAAUAUCGGCCAGCCAAUCGAAGAGAAAUUGGUUGACUUGACAACGACUGAAUCAGAAUCCCGCCAGACGGCCGGUUUGGUUAAAAAAAUUUCAAAUUGCGACAUUUUGACGUCUGAGUUGGGACCCGAUUUCGUGUUAGUCCAACAACAAUCAGGUCAAGACGGUGAGGUUUGUGGAAGUAUUACCCAGUGAAAUUAGCAAUUGGAAAAAUUCGUGAGGCUGCAGUACCACUAAUCAGGGAAGUCUCCUAUCAUAGCAUAUUACAGGAUGUCCGUAGAUUAUAUGAACACUAGAUUUACACGGGUAACAUGCAAACGGAUGAUCCAAUUGGCGCCAAAUUUGGCAAACACGGACUCGAAGGUCAUGACUACAGCUGUGCAAAGUUUCAAAUUUCUAUCUGCAAAGCUGGCCCCAAAAAGUGACCCCGAAGUAGGGGGAGGCGUAAAAGCGGUUUCCGAAGCUAAUUUGGCCGCGGAAAGUGCCCAAACGAUUAUCCAAAAAUCUGAAACCCAUCUUAUCGUGUCCCCCAUAUAUCCCUUUAUCAAUUUUGCAAGAAAACGAUGGUAAUUAGUUAAAUCCGACCAAUGUACAUUUAAAAAUGCAUACCCCUCAAAACGACGAAUUCUCUCACCCUCAAGCAAAAUGACUGCCUCCCUCUCAAUGAGAAUCCUCCGACCAAGCAAAGGUCACAACACAAUCCCAGAUGCCUCUUGAACACGUUAAUCGUGUUAUAAAUCACAACUUUGAAAAAGGAGUCCUUAGGAAGGCGAAAUUCGGAACACUAAAACUAUCCAAUGUUGUAAACAAAAAACCAGCAGUUGAAGGCUGUUUGAAGGUCAUGUUGGAAGUACAAACUCCGGAUUUGUCGUCACAUUGACCGGGGCACUCUGCUACCUUCAAAACUAUAACAGGAUAAAAAUAAUUCGCUUCAGAAACGACCAGAAGCAGGUUUCAAACUAUGGGUCUGAAAAGAAGGAAAAGCUGUCUGACUGAUUUCUGGUGGUUGGUGCAAUGACGGGCCAUGGAGUGCUAGAAUUGAUACCUGUUGGGUCUAAUGCAAAAAUUAACUCGAAGCACUUUAUGGAGAGUGCUUUACAUACGUUUUUGGAGGUCAAAAUUCGAACGAAGCAAUUUGAGGAGCUUUAUAAAGUUUGCAUCCAUAACGAUGCGGCAUCUUCACAUACUGCUUGGUUAACUCAGCAUUACGCCCAAGAUUAAUAAGAAAGAACCGGAAUGACCUCGACAUCUUAUUCCGAGGUCCAUAUUCAGUAAUCUGACACGGGUCAGAUGGAUUUUUUCGGGUUUGGAUGCCUGAAACAAAGCAUUUUCAAGAGGAAGUCAUGAACUUUGGUUGGGCUUUGGAAAGUUCUAAAUCAAGAAUGGGAUCUUGUCUCCCCUGAAACGUGUCAAAAUGUGUUUGGAAGUUGGAAACCAAGACUCAGACUUGUUGCAAGGAAGAAUGGAGAACACAUUGAGAUCGCUAAAGUAAUUCACAGUCAUCGUGUUCAGAAGUUAUAAGAUAAUUCAUACUGUUCAUAUAAACUGCGGACACCCUCUGUAUACUAUCUUAUUUUGCCCAAAUCAGUGGCACUCGAUCAUACAUUUCAGUUUGCCUAGGUUUCGCGUAAGUAUACAUAAUUUAUAUUUUCAUCUGAUUAGGAGAAAAUAACCACGCAAUGUUGAUUUAAAGUAUUCAAGUUUAUGUAUGUAAGUUAAAAGCUUGUAGUUAACGAAGAAUAAACCUUUGUAUGGACCAUCAAA